ACUGUUCCAGAUUGGGGUCCUGACCACUAGUUGCAAUAUCUUCAAUUUCCGGGGGCUUCCCACCGUUCCCAUCAUUGUGUAUAAGUUUGCUCGCAAAACGCCGUGCAAUGGGUUCGAUAGCUUCAGAACUGCUAUCCAUGAGAGCACGCACUAUUGCUAUCAUAGGAGCAGGUCCGUCAGGCUUGGCAGCAGCGAAAUAUCUUCGAGCGGAGAGGGCAUUUGACAAGAUUGUCCUUUUCGAACAACGAAGUAGGAGUGGCGGAAUAUGGAACUACACUGGUCAUCAGAGAGACGAAGACCUCUUUACUGUACCUCAGACCAAUCCUUUAGGAAAGAACCAGGACCCGACUUGGUCCCAACGGCCCAGACCGGCAGAUGGGAGAUCAGACGGCGCAGAGAAAGACCCAAGCUUCUUAUCACCUAUCUACGAUAGACUGGAGACAAAUAUCCCGCGUGGCCUAAUGGGCUUCCAAGACCUGGAUUGGCCUCAAGACAGCCAACUUUUUCCCAAACAUGAAACUGUCCUCAAGUAUAUCCAGGACUACGGCAGAGACGUACGAGAUCUCAUACGGUACGAAACGCAGGUCACCAAUGUCGAGCCUGUAGAUGAACAAAGUAUGCGCUGGAAAGUGCAAACACGCAAUAUACGUUCCAACAUACAGCAGGAUGAAGAAUAUGACGCCGUCAUUGUGGCUAACGGGCAUUUCAUCGUGCCUUAUUUACCAGAAAUACCAGGCAUCAAAGCAUGGGACGCCAAGUACCCUGGCGCGAUAUCCCAUGCAAAAUACUACCGUAGCCCAGCGGACUUCAAGGACAAAAAAGUCCUUGUCGUCGGCAACUCCGCCUCCGGCACCGACAUCUCCACCCAGAUCGCGCAAUACUCGCAGCUCCCCCUGCUCUGGUCUAGCAAAUCACCCUCCAUGUUCAACGUGCGCACCUCCCCCACUAAGCACGAACGCCCCCCAAUUUCCAAAUUCCUCCUCUCCAGCAGGGGUGUUGAAUUCGAAGACGGGUCUUCCGAGAACAACAUUGACGCCAUUGUCUUCGCAACAGGCUACUUCUACUCGCUGCCUUUCCUGUCCAACGUCGAGCCAAAGCUGAUCACAGAUGGCUCCCACGUCAAUCACACCUACCACCACCUUUUCUACGCGCCGCGUCCGACCCUCUCUUUCCUCGCCCUCCCCCAACGCGUUAUCCCAUUCCCCAUCGCAGAAGCCCAGUCCGCCGUCCUCGCGCGCGUCUACUCUGGUCGGCUAGCCCUCCCUUCGCUACCAUCCAUGCAGGCUUGGGAAAGCGCUACUGCGCAAGAAAUGGGCAACGGGCGCAACUUUCACCUCCUGCCGUUUCCGAAAGAUGGGAACUACAUCAAUAUGCUGGCGGACUGGGCGCUAAGUGCAGAGGCGAGAGACGGGCUGGAGAAUGAGGGGAUUGGGAAGAAGCCGCCUGUGUGGGGCCAGUGGGAGUUCUGGUGUAGAGAGCAAUUUCCCAAGAUCCGGGCAGCCUUCGGAGCGCUGGGGGAGAAAAGGUUUGGAGUGAAGACGUUGGAGGAGGUAGGCUUCAACUACGAGGAAGACAUGAAGAGGAAGAACGAGGAGGAGAAGAUAAUCUAGAGAUACCCAGCUGGUACUUGUGGCCUUGAACGUGCUGAUCUCGGGCACCGCAGUGUCUCGCGGGAGUGAAGUGACCGCGGUAGCGAAGCCGAAGAAGGAUAGCAGAGUAGGGAUCUAAGCGCGUAGCUAUGUGAUGAUGGCACCUUGGAAUUGAAAGCGCGAUGUCGAACACAAGUGCGGCACACUUCAAGCACGUCAAGUCAGUCACCUUCAACACUCAUUCCCCCAACAUCACAGCCGUCAUCCCUCACGUCCACCAUGUAUUCCCUCCUAGUUCGUU